AUGAUAACUGCAGCUGCAAAUCUUCCCAGGCGGACAGCUAAUUACAAGCCCAACAUUUGGAACUACGACCACUUACAAUCGCUUACUACUACAUUCCAUUUGGAGGAGCACCAGACAGAAGCAGAGAUACUGAAACACCAAGUUUGCAGCGAGUUUCGCGAGUUGAGAGAUCCAUUGCACAAGCUGGAACUUAUAGAUUUGAUAGAUAAACUGGCUCUUUCCCAUUACUUCGAGGAAGAGAUCAACAAGUCCGUACAGGAGAUGGCGUGCGCGAGUUUGAGCAUGGAUACCGAUCCAUACUCUGCUGCGUUGUAUUUCCGGAUUCUAAGGCACCAUGGCUACCAUGCUUCACAAGACGGAAUAGUGCAGUUAUUAGAUGAAGCGGAGAAGGUAACCGGGGGCGUGCAAUGGGAUGACAAAGCGAGGCUUGAAAUAUUCGAAGCGUCCCAUCUGGGCGUGGAGGGUGAAUGUCUGUUUGAAAGAGCAAAAAAAGCCUUUGAUAAGAAGAAAUUUUCCGUUUGCCAUCGGAAUGUGAGAUGGUUCAACGUGAGAAGGUACAUGCAUGAAAAUAACAAUUCGGUCAUUCACCGGUUGGCUGGACUCAGCUUUAACACCAUUCAAGUCCAGCACCAGAACGAUCUCAAGGACAUUAUAAGAUGGUGGAGGAAUCUGGGGUUGUUAGAAGUUCUAACCUUCUCAAGAGAUCGAGUGGUGGAAAGCUUUUUGUGGGCUGUGGGCGUUGCUUAUGAACCUCAGCAUGGAAGCCUCAGAAAAUGGCUCACAAAAGCCAUAUUGUUGGUGGUAAUCAUUGAUGAUGUGUAUGACAUUUAUGGCUCCAUGGAUGAACUAGAACAAUUCUCUAUUGCAGUAGAAAGGUGGGACCCAAGUGAAAUUCAACAGCUGCCAGAAGCCUUAAAGAGAUGCUUUUGGAUGCUCUAUGAUACAGCAAAUGACAUUGAUCUUGAAAUCCAAAACGAAAAGGGCUGGACCUCGGUUUUACCUCAUUUGAAGAAAGUGUGGAUAGGAUUUUGCAAAGCAUUGCUUGUGGAAGCAAAGUGGUUUUGGAGGGGUGAAUCUCCAUCUCUAGUGAAAUAUCUGGAGAAUGGGUGGGUAUCAUCGUCCGGCCCUGUGCUCUCUCUUCAUGCGCUGCUCGGUGCCGGCCACGACACGGAUGAGAGUGUCGCGGCCUUCGAUAACAACCAAGAAAUAAUCCACCAUGCCUCCCUCGUUAUCCGGCUAUGCAAUGAUCAAGGAACUUCUAAGGCUGAAUUGGAGCGUGGUGAUUCGCCGUCGUCAAUCGUGUGCCACAUGAGAGAGGCAAAUGUGAGAGAGGAAGAAGCGCGGGGGCAUAUUAGAAAGCUGAUAACGGAUUCGUGGAAGAGAAUGAAUGGGAUAUUGAUGAGGUGUCCACGUCCACAGCAGGGCAUGUUGAGAUAUGUAGUGAACACGGCAAGAGUUGCCAAUUUUAUUUAUCAGAAUGGAGACGGUUUUGGGGUUCAAGAUCGGGAGACCAAAGGCCAAGUCUUAUCCUGCUUGAUUAACCCAAUGCACCUCUCUCUCUCAUCACCCUCAAAUCAAGGCUAAAUAGUGACGCAGUAUUAUGUGUGUUGGUUAAUGCUCAAGGCUAAAAAUCUCG